CAAUACUAAUUGCGUUAUAAGACACUAACGGAGUGUCAUAUGUCCACACUACUUACUUCCCUUCACCAUGUGGCCCUUGUCUCUCGCGUCAAUUCUCCUGCUUCUGGCGGCGUUGGCGUCAGCACAGCUGUGUGUACCUGACUGCACGAACAUGCAUGAGGGAGAUAAGGUAAUGGACCCCACCAACUGCCUCCGCUUCUACUACUGCAGCGACCCCGACAAUAAUGGUCACCCGGUGCCCUCAUCCGAGCCAAUUACCUGUCCUGAAGGAUUCUACUUCAAUCCGUCACCCUAUGUGAAGGACUGUGAUAAGGUGGACCCCGACAAGGACUACUGCACCGGCCUCUGUGACCCCUGUGCCAUCGAAUGUAAAGAACCAGGAACGCUGCUACCUUUCCCACGGGACUGCCAUAAGUACCUAGUUUGUCUUGGCAACAACCCUGAACCGUUAGAGAUCAAUUGUCCCGACGACAAACCUUUCUUCGACUACAAGACUGAUCUGUGCUCCGAUGAUAACUCUCUCUGCUACAACCUUUGUGACCCCUGCAAGGUGUUAUGUGUCAAAAAGGGUAAAGUACUUGACCCUCACAACUGCAAAGGCUACUACUACUGCGACCCUCCUCAGGUGGCCCCCUUCGAGUGCCCUGCCGGUGAGGUGUUUAAUGCACAAGAUCUCGUGUGUGAGGCGUCUUCCUCGGGUAACUGUACUAAUAUAUGUGAAGUUGGUUUGCUGUAAUGUGGCUGUGUAUGAAAUAAAAUAUAUAAGUUCUA